AAAAUAAUCUUCCAGUUUUGGCUAUUGUGGGAAUGCCAGGCUUGGGGAAGACAACUCUGGCUAAAUCAAUUUAUCAUCAAUCCAAGAUUGAUAAACACUUCCAUGAAAAAAUAUGGGUGUGUGUAUCAACCCCUUUUGAAGUCAAGACGAUCUUAAAGGGGAUCUUGGACUCUCUAAAACCAGAGAAAGCCGCAAUACAAAGUAAAGACGCGAUUUGUAAAUUCAUUCGAGAAGAGCUGAAGGAGAAAAGAUAUCUUCUUGUACUCGAUGAUGUUUGGAGCGAAGAUCUUGAUAAAUGGAAAGAGUUGAGAGAUUGUUUGUUAUCAUUUAAUGAUACUCAAGGAAGCAGCAUUAUUGUCACUUCCCGUAUUGACAAAGUUGCAAAAAUCAUGGAGACUCUUCCUAGAUGUGAUUUGAAAAAACUAUCAGAUGAUGGGUGUUGGCUCAUAAUAAAGGAUAAAGCAGUUCCAGUUGGGAGUUUUCCUAUGUCCAAAGAGCAAGAGACAACUGGUAAAGAGAUUGCUAAGAAGUGCGGAGGUCUACCAUUAAUGGCAAAGGUUUUGGGAGACGUGCUACGCUCUAAAACAAGUGAUGAAUGGCGAGCAAUUGUGAACAGUAAAAUAUGGGAUUCACGAGAAGGAGAAAAGAGAAUUUUUUCAAUUCUAAAGUUGAGUUUUGAUGAAUUGAAACCAUCCUUGAAACAAUGUUUUGCAUAUUGCUCGAUGUUCAUCAAAGAUGUUGAUAUUGAAAAAGAUGACUUGAUCCAACUUUGGAUGGCUCAGGGAUGGCUUGACUCUUGUUCUGAGAUGGAGGAGAGAGGUAAUCAAUAUUUUCAUAUUCUAUUGGGGAAGUCUUUAUUUCAAGACGUUACAAGGGAUUAUGGUGGUAAUGUUACCAAAUGUAAGAUGCACGAUCUUGUGCAUGAUCUUGCAGCACGUGUAUCAAAAUCAGGGAACUCACGCUCACUUUUUUCAAAUGGAGAAGACCUUGGGAGCAAUUUACUUACCUCGAAAUCUUUACGUGUCUUAAACUUAUACAAUGCAGAUAUUGAGGUGUUGCCGGAUUCUAUUGGAAAGUUGAAACACUUGAGGUAUUUGAAUGUAUUGAAAACAAGAAUGAAAGCACUUCCCAAAUCUAUUGGGAAGCUUUAUAAUAUGCAGACGCUGAAAGUACCUUAUCAACUUGAAGAGUUUCCAACAGAAAUUGCAAAUUUGACCAACUUGCGGCACAUUUGUUUUGGUAGAUAUAUGAAAGUUGCAGGUGGGAUACUGGGACGGUUCAUUAAUCUCCGGUCAUUACCUUUUCUCAAGGUGAGUACAGAGACAGGUCUGAGAAUUGAGGAAUUGAGUGGUUUAAACCAAUUGCACAACACCUUGUCUAUUUAUGGAUUGGAAAAUGUAGGGGAUGGAGAAGAAGCGCAGAAAGCAAACUUGGUAGAGAAGAAACAUAUACGCAAGUUAAUCCUUGAUUGGAAGCUCAGUGGGCCAAGCCACAAUGUGGAGAACAAUGACGAUGUACUAGAAGGCCUCCGACCACAUUCUAGUUUGGAAUUUUUGGAGAUUCAUGAAUUCAUGGGUGUUAAAUUUCCGUCAUGGUUAUUGCUAGCCAACAAUUUGAAAGAUAUUGAAUUAUUGGGCUGCAACAAUUGUGAAGGAGUACCAGUACUUGGUCAUUUACCCUAUCUUAGUUGUGUUAAGAUUAAGAGAAUGGAGAAGCUAACUCGUAUAGGAUCCGAGUUUUAUGGUGAUAAUCAUGUUAACUGUGGAAAUGAAUCAAGUAAAGAGGCACGGCCUUUGUUCCCUGCUUUGAAAACACUGCAUAUUAAGGAGGCACCGAACCUGAUUGAAUGGAUGGAAGCGCCAACAGAGAGAGGAAGUAGGGUGGUGUUUCCUUGCCUUGAGGAGCUGAUCUUGAUUCACUGUCGACAACUGACAAGUGCUCCCAGUCAUUUUCCAUCUCUCAAGAAGUUGGUGAUAAAAGGCAUGAGAAGCGAAGGCAGGCCAAUAACAAGUAUUCUAAGCAAUCAACUCACCACUCUCACUCAUCUCAGCUUAUCUGAUGUGCAUGGACUUACAUGUCUGCCGGAAGGGAUGUUAGAAAACAACAAGAAUCUUGCAGUUUUGGAUAUGGACAGUUGUUGGGACUUGAUUUGUAUUUCUCCCCAAUCACAAGGAUCUGAGUACUGCUGCGCAUCUCUUUCAUAUUUGAAGAUAUGGGGUUGUGCGAAUCUGAAAUAUUUACCUGAUGGGCUACUCACACCUUCUCUUAAAGCGCUGAUGUUGGGAUUUUGUUACAAUCUAGAGUACAUCCCAGAUGCUACACACGGUGGUCUCACCUCCCUUGAAACAUUGAUUGUGAGGCUCUGCUAUAAAAUAACUUCCAUUCCAUUUUCACAAGGCCUCCCAUCUCUUGGUGAAUUAGAUAUAAAACACUGUCCCCAAUUAUCAAGCCUACCGGGUGGACUGGAAGACUGUACCUCUAUUCGGAGUUUGGAGAUAAUAAGUUGCCCUAAGGUACCAUCCAUUUCCAUCGAAAAUCUGAGUACAUCCCUCCAACAGUUGUGUAUAAGUGAUCUAGACUCUCUUCCAAUUUCACGAGGAGGCUUCACAUCACUCCGUCAAUUGACAAUCAAAGGAUACCCAAGGGCACAAAUGGGGUCAGAAUUUAGUGCAUUUCUUCAAACCCUUGAAUCUCUUCAAAAAUUGACGAUAUGGGGUUGCGAUAAUCUAGAGACUAUUCCGAGUUCAGACAAGCUCACAUCCCUCCGCAGCUUGGAGAUUUCUCAUUGUGGUAAAUUGACAUGUCUACGGGAUGGGUUAGAAGCAUCGUCACAGUCAUGCAGCCUCACCCGUUUGAAGAAAUUGACAAUUGGUCCUUUCUGCUCGGAGCUCGAUGCAUUCCCAGCUUUUCAGGCUAUACCACAGCUUGAAUCAUUAAGCAUCUGGGGGUGGGAUAAGCUCAAGUCUCUCCCAGAACAAAUUCAACACUUGCCUUCUUUAAGACACUUGGAAAUAGACUUCUUUUACGGAGUGGAAGCUAUUCCAGAAUGGUUGGAAAACCUUGCAUCUCUUGAGGACCUGACUGUUGGGUAUUGCAAGAUUCUAAUGUAUCUACCUUCUGUGGAAGCUAUGCGACGCCUCACCAAAUUGAAAGAGAUACGCAUCCGCGGCUGUCCCCUUCUAGAAGAUAGAUGCAGGGAGGAGAGCGACGAAGAGUGGCCUAAGAUUCGUCAUCUUCGAUUCAUCACGAUUGGAGAUAAAAAAAUCGAGAAUUGACCAACGCACUCCGAGUACAAUAAAUUCCUUAAAGAGGAGUCUUGGUUCGUGGAAGUUGCAGAGAAGUAGAAGUUCCUCUCUGACACUCUACCUGACUGUUUCGUACGUUGCUAUCUUUGCAUGUUUUUGAUCGGAAAAUGCUUCAGUUAUUCGGUGUUUCUUCAAUGCUGCUGGUUGCCUUGAAGUAUGAGGAGAUCACACCUCCACAUGCUGAAGAAUUGUGUUACAUAACAGAUAAUACAUACACUAAGGAAGAGGUGUGCAAAAUGGAGGCUGAUAUACUUAAGGCCUUGAAGUUUGAUUUGGGGAAUCCUACAAUCAAGACAAUUUUAAGGGGCAUCUAGUUUGUUUUUGGCAAACAAUUUCUGGAGGUUUUUGCUAAAUUGGAGGAAUAGCUGUUGUGCAAACAGAGUCCUGGCUCUCUGAAACACCAGAUGAGGAGUAGUUGAGUCAGCUAAACUCAUAGGCUUCUCAUGCCAUCUCCCAAUGUUCCCUUUCAUCAAAAGAACCUUUCACUUUGUUCCUCUGAAUUGUCCUCCAAACCAGUGGUGUAACAUUAUUUAGCCAACUCUGUUUUUCACAGAGAAAUCAUUGUUACCGUGGAAGCUGUUGCAUGGAAAAUAAAAUUUCUUAACAAUGCAGCGUACAGCCCUUUGCAGCAAAACUGCGGGACAAAGUUUUCAUCUUUUUUGGCUCUGUUGAACUACAAUUCUAUAAAGGACAUCUUUGCAUAGCAACAGUGUGUGGUGUCUGAUGGAUGAUAGACACAAGCUAUAAUUGGGGAAGCAGGCAAAAGCAUUCUCAAAGCCAAAAAAAUUCAGAGAUGAAUUUCGAAAGAGAUGUUACGCUGUCUAGAACAAGGCAUGUCCCUGUGGAGGGUGAUUAUUACGUUACAAGCACUAAGCAAUCCCUUAACUUCAUGAAGUUCCGCACCAAGGCAAGGUUUUCAUAGUUUGUAAGUUUGUUUGGAUGCCAUCUUCGAAAGGUUGCCUUCCAGCAACCAAAUCUUUUCAUUUGUUCCUCUGAUGUCUCCUUCAAGUCGAAAUAAGUGCUAGCUUAAAAGGUGUUCCGCGGAAAGCUUUCAAUAGCUUGCAGCAUGCAGCAAAAUGUGGUUAGUUGCACGAGUACCUAGGUGCUUUGAAGUCUGAAAUCCUCUUCCAUUUGUGAUACUUAAAUAAUAGGGAAAAAGGGAAAAAAUCAUGAAUAGUAUCCGAAGUAAGGCCCACUACGAAUUUCAGUACAUAAAUUUCCAAAACAUAAACUUUGGUACAUCAAAUAUGAAGCCCGACCCAAUAUACGUACACGACGUCAAUGAUUCCGUCAGACGUCGUGCAAUUACACAUAUAAUGAAGGGCAAAAUAGAUUUUUCACUUGUCAAUGGUUUCCUCUCUGACUCUCUCUCUCUCUCUCUCUUUCUCUCUCUCUCGAAAUGGCUUCUACACCGCCUUUCACCACCUCCGAUUACAGCCCCUCACCUCAACAUCCACAACCGCUUCAGCCGACUCGAGGGCCGAUCUUCACUGUGCCCAGGCUCUCACUGAGUCCAGCCCGGCCUCAAUUGAAGCCCUCCUUUUCUCACCCUCCAUGGCCUGUGACUCGAGACGCCUCCGAGACCCAACCCGGCCGGCGCGCCACCAUCCGACUACCAAUAAACGAUGGACGACCACCAUCUUCUUCAUCUCGCCGUCGUCAAUAGCCUACUAUCCUUGGAUCGUCCAUGCAUUGAACGGAAAAGGAAACCCGACGACGAGGAGCCCGAAGCUUCACCGGCAACCUCUGCAAUUUCCGGCGGCCGAUUAAGCUGCAUCUGGUAUGGAAACUCAUCUUCAUGCCAUUCUCUACGUGUUAGGCUAAUUGGUUUUCAAAAUUGAUGGAGUUUUGUCGACUUGGUUUCUGGGUUAGCUCGGGUUCGAUGCUGUUUCUACGUUGGCGACUUCUCCGACGCGUCUGGGCUUAGUUUCUGGUUCGACUGAUUCCCUGGACGAUGCCUGACCUUGAGUGGAAGUUAAACUUUGAAGAUUUCUAGGUUGUGCACAGUGAGGCUUAGAUACCAGUUCAUCACCGAGUUCUCCUUCUAGUUUUCAGAAAACUGCUUCGAGGGAGUCCAAACCUAGACUGCAAAUCUGACUUGUUGAAGCUGCUCUUUUGUAGUUGAGAUUACGGCUGUCAUGCAACCAUAAGCAGUCAUUUGGUGCAGGCAAAACCAUUCUCAGACCAAAUAAAAUUCAGAGAUCCCUAUACAUCACUUAUCAUAUGAGCCAUUGAUUUGUUCAGUGACACACAUGGAGGCAGGCUUGUCCCUGCAGAAGAUUAUUGAAUUGUAUUCAAGUCAUAAGGACAAGCAAUUCCGUGAUUUCAUGAAGUUCAAGGUGCAUGGUGGUAGUUCUGGUUAGCUAGGACACAUUCAGUUUUGACAAUUAGCUUAGGCAUUCUGAUGAGCUCAAGACUUUCAAUUGGGUUUACCGAGUUCCCCUUUUAAUUACUUCAGAAGUGGAGUGCAAUUAUUAAGCCGUUGAAGUGUCAUCAAAAUCACCAGUUGGGAAGCUAUCCAUUAAAACUAUGCAAGAAUCUGAAACUUCAUAAGCCAUUGCCCAUUGAUGCUAGCACUAUCAGUCCAUAUUCCUGCGGCUAGUCAGAAAAUCCACCAGGACGUGAGUCUCUGAAGUCAAGUCAAGCUGAUCAGGAAAAGUGUCUCAAGUAUCCUCCAGAGUGUUUCAGGAAAGCAUUUAACAGCUUGCAUUCAAAGCAAUACUACUGGACACGAUUUUCUUAUCUUUGUUAUCAGAGAUUUUAUGGCAAUAUCGAGGGUUUGUGUGUAGGCUACAAAGAAACUCGUAGCCAUCAAUUCUGAGAGCUUUGGAUGUCUUAUAUGGGCUGAAUCCUACAUUUUAAGGAGCUUCAAUUCCAUGCUUUGAGGGACUCCCUCUCUAUUAUAGAGGAGGACUACAUUCCAUUCACUUCUUAGUGCUGUUUAGCCAAUCUAUUGUAAGAUGUAACCAUAUAUUAUUCAUAGUGAAACCAGUAGCAAACAACCCUGGCGUAGCCCGAAACAUUGCAGAGAUUUGGGUUAACGCAUAAAUCUCGUGUUUUCAUGGGUGUCCUACUGUGAUUUUAUUCAACCUCACAAUUAUGUGUUUUAGAAAGGUUCUUCAUUAUAA